GUGAGAGGGAGAGGAGGAGAGGAGAGGGCUGAGCUAACCCACAACAAGCUUCACCACGGCCAUCGCAGACAGGCAGACGCUCAGACGGCAGGACGGAUACACGGGUGGGGGCUGUGCUCGGUGGCUCGGCGGCAGGCUGGUGGAAGAUGUCGUCAGGAGCCGGUGGGAGGGGAGGAAGGCGGCUCAGGGGGACAGCAAGCAGCGGUGGCGGCGGAGGGAGAGGAGGGGCAGGGGAGGCGGAGGAAGGCCCCGUGGGGAUCCCUUUUCCUGAGCACAGCGCAGACAUCCUGGGCAGCCUGAACAAGCAGCGGCUCAGCGCCCUGUUGUGCGACGUGCUCCUGGUUACGCAGGAGAGGGAGUUUCCAGCACACCGUUCCGUCCUGGCGUCUUGCAGCUCCUACUUCCACAAGCUCUUUACUUCAGGUGCCACAGCUGACCAACAAAACAUCUACAACAUCGACUUUGUGACGGCAGAGGCUCUGGGAGCAUUACUGGACUUUGCCUAUACAGCCACACUGACGGUCAGUCACAGCAGCGUGGCUGACAUCCUCGCCGCUGCACGCCUCCUGGAAAUCCCACCCGUCCAGGAUGUCUGUACACACCUGCUGGACACCAAAGUGCUCUCCCCGCCGGCGGGCAGUGAGCAGAGAGAUGAAGAAGAAGACGAGGGCAAGGGCAGAGGCAAGGAGCAGGGGAACCAGGUCCGGGCCCGGGAGUACCUGGAGUUCUUCCAGAGAGGGGCGCACUGGAGUAGCAGCUGCAGCACACCAGAGCUCAGGGACCUGCCCACACACCUGCACUUUAACCCCGGUAACGGGGCACCCCCUAGCAACGGGGGUCCUCCUGGCCUCAGUGAGUACUACUCCACCUUGGCACAUGCCUUGGCCCAGGCCCCCACACAGGAGCCAGAGGAGGAGGACGAGGAUGAAGAGGAAGAUGAAGACGGGGAGGUGGUGCAGGGUAAUGGAGCAAGCAUGGGGUCAUCUUACUACCCUCCCCCCCAAAACGGGCACUUCUACCUUCCACAUGAGCCCAGGCUAGGGCAGGAGACAGAGGCGGAGGAGGGUGGUAGGGAGUCAACGGCGAGGGAGAGGGGUUCUGCCAGUGCCCUUCUGCAACAGAUGAUGGACUCUGUCGAGAGGCAGAAGGAGCGCACAACAACAACCGGGGAGGAACAGGGUGAUGGGGAUGACCCUGACAUGGAAUUUUACUUGAAUUACUUCAACAGCUCGACGCAGCAUGAAGACACAACUUCAGCUGCAGUGACACAGGGAGUGCUGCCGCUCUGGUUAUCCCAGGGCAGAACAGGCCAAGAAAGAGGAGGAGGAGAGAGGGGCGGUGGAGGAGGUGGAGGUGGAGGAGGAGAGAGGAAGAUGCGCUCUAAGGCCUUCCAGAAAUGCCCCAUAUGCUCCAAGGUCAUCCAAGGAGCAGGCAAGCUACCCCGCCACAUCCGAACACACACGGGAGAGAAACCCUAUGAAUGCGCCAUCUGCAAAGUGCGCUUUACCAGGCAGGACAAGCUCAAGGUUCAUAUGCGGAAGCAUACAGGAGAGAAGCCUUACCUGUGCACGCAGUGUGGAGCCGCCUUCGCCCACAACUACGACCUGAAGAACCACAUGCGGGUACAUACAGGCCUGCGCCCCUAUCAGUGCUCAAGCUGCUUUAAGACUUUCGUACGCUCAGAUCACCUGCACCGCCACCUCAAGAAGGAUGGUUGCAACGGCAUCCCCUCUCGUCGGGGCAGAAAGCCUCGAGUGCGAGAGCCUGGGCUCCUCGACGCCUCCCUGGCCCUGCUGAGCCCUGGCUCCGACAUGGUCCCUGAGCCUCGCACCAUCAAGGGACGGAGGCGCUCUGAGGCAUCUUCAGUGGCAGAGGUGGAGGGGACUGCUGGAGCUCUUUCACAUAGUCCUCAGCUGCAGGAGUUGGCAGGGGAAGCAGGGCCCUGAGACUGCAGGGGCGACAAGGACACUGCUGGACACCAUAGUCACUCUGCUCCGCCUGUGAGACAGGCCAGUGAACAGAGAGGAGAAAAGACACACAAAGGCAAACUUUAAAAAAAAACAAAACAACUAACUAUUCCUCUUUAAACCAAAUCAGGGUGUCACAAAAAAUCUUAUCUUUAUAUUUCUUUGUCCUAUUACUUUAGGAAACAGAGUAGACUUGUAAGCACUUAAGUCUGUUUAUGUGUUUAAGAGCAAAGAACGCUUCAGAUCAUACACCCAUGAUGUCCACUUUCUGGGCCAUGUCUUUCUUUAUAAUAAUAAGGGUUUUAUACAUUGGCGUAUGUGCUUAGCAAAUGUAUGAUAGCUACAAAAACUCUUUGCAACUAUGCAGUUGAUUUAGAUUUUUAUUGGUUUUGUCCUCACAGCCUUCAAGCUCAAAGCAAGGUGUCUAUCAAGCACCUUCUGGCUGCUGUACGGGUGAAGCGAGGACAAAUCCUCCCAAUGAAAACAACUCUUUUUCUAUUCUUUUGCAGGUCUGAAAUGUACAGUUACCAUAGAAACAACAUUGCCACAACACGGCAUAUGCAAGGAAAACUCGCCACAGUUUUGAUGCAACAGUUUUUUUCUCUCUAAAUGUUCCAGAAAGAAUGAGACAAGGGUUUGAUUGAAGUGUUACUUUCUCUAUAAAAAAGGCUUUUUAAGAAUCUAUGGUUUGUCCUAUUCAAAAACUGUUUGUUGCUGAGUCAAAUCCACUUUAAUGGGGGCUCGCUAGUUGCAGGACUAGGGAACAAGAGGGGUAGAGGGUUUGUGUUUUUGAAGCACUACCAUUGUCAUUGUAUCUGUUGGCUAGACUAUGUUGCCUCUUAUCCCUCACAAACCUGCAGUGUCAGCAUUUCUUUUAUCCCUUUUGAUUUUGUCUUAAUUUGUUUGUCGUUCCGUUUUGUUGACUGCUUCGGGUACUUGACACUUUAUAAUUGUAUACAUGUAUAUACAGCAGUGGUGAUAUGACAUUGGUCCCCUCUUAAUGCUGAGGUGUACUUACCAAUCGGGUUUUUUCCUCUUAGGCUUGAUGUCAUAUUUCUCACAGAGUGAAGCUUGUGGGUGAGCGAAACAAACUGUAUGAAUGUUUGAUGAAAAAAAACAUUGAGUCACCCAUUUGUUCUAAACUUAACACUUGACAUGUAUAGUUCCUGCCCAAAGGAUGAGGAGGUGGAAUGAAUGAAUGUGCUUAACUUUGUGCAGUUUUUUCGGAUUCUGUCCUUGUGUGACAAGGCGCGGGUAGCAUUUAACCAAUCGCAGGUUAAAGGAAUGGCAGGGAGCCCGAGUGAGAGAGUGAUAAAGAGUACGAAGCAGAGAUAGAUGAGCACCUUUUUUUUCUAUGUUUGCACAGCUUUACUAAAGAUAUCCAACGGAGCAGGAGAGAGGUGUAUUUAAAGGAAGUGGGCUGGUGUUUUGUGGAGGUUUAUGUAUCAUGCUUAUUCCAAUCUUUUUUCACCCUAGGGACCACACAACCGUGAGGCAACCUGUAUGAUGAAGAGAGCAAUAAAUACCUGUCCAAGUUGGAAGGCCGAAUAGGAGCGCAGCUGCAGCUGGUCGAUGGGGGGAGGGGAACAAGGGAAGGGGAGGGGGAUCUCACAAUGUCUGUUGCAUUCCAAAAAAUAAUCUCCCCCAGCUCAGCCACGUUUCCAGGCAGGAGGGGAUCAAAUCAGGCCUUUUCUCUCCCUCGCUCUCCCUCUGUAGUCCUCUAAUGCCCCCGGACCAGCCUGGAGGGGAUAUUAUUAUAUUAGAGCCUGGUGUUACUGAGGGUAGGAUGCCUGGUGCUGGCAGUUUAGCGUGUGUGCUUGCAUGCAUGUGUGCUUUUGCACAUGUGUGUGCGUGGCAGCCGGGGUCGCUCUGGCCACAUCAUCACUGUGUGAGUCAGCCACAGCCUGUUCAAACAUGCACCCUUAGCUGCCAGGCCCAAUGCACUUUCUCUAUCUCUCUCUGACUGACACUCUCACCACUCCAGGUAUCGUGUAGAGGAGGGGGAAACACCAGAGCAGACAUAGAGUAAAUGUUUAAAUAUGGUCUGAAAAAGUUCUUAUUCUACUCAAAAUCCAAGUUAUUCUAGUACAUUGAGCCUUUUAAUCAAAAAGAAAUGUGUUAAUUUUUGAGUCCCCCCCCCCCCGUAAGUGCUGUAGUGAUGCAGUAGCUCAAGUGUCGGUCCUUUGCACCUUAAUCGGAAAGAUCCAGGUUAUGAAUGCACUUUGUUACUGAGGAGGGCACUUUUGUCAGCCAAACGGGUACUUUGAGGCAAACCAGUUGCAAAUGAGAUCAGUCCAUUUGUCUGUCUGUGGUGGUGAAGUUGAACCCCUUCACUGGUCUUGUUCAGGUUUUGACGACAAGCUGCCAAAAAAAAAAGAAAUGAAAACAUACUUCCUCAGUUCUCUAAAAGAGAUUCUGAGCUGUUCAGAUACCAACAUGUUGGGUUUUUUGACCUUAAAAGAAAUAAUGAACUAAAAUAAUCCAUGAAACUGAUUGCACUUGAAGUUAGUUAAAGAAAUGUAGAGAGUUGUGUCUUAAUGUAAAGAAAGGGGUGAGAAGGAGGAGGUGAAGAAGAAACGGCGAGGGUGUUCUUGUGUCUAUGUAUGCGUGCGUUUUUCCAUGCAUGUGCACUAGUAUGUUUCAUGGCUGGCAGGCUGGAGGGUCUCAGGACAAGCCUGGAUAAACAAACUUUGCGUCCGCCCCAUCUGCUCACCAGCUACUCUCAUAACUACACGUGUUCUCCGAGGAACCGUGGUGAUAAUAGGUCCACGGUACCGCAGAAGCAAAAAUGCCUGAUUGUAAAACAACUCAUCGGACAGUUGCUUGUUUACUUCACGGCUCCCUCGGUGCAGAUUUGCAUAACUCUCUGUUUACCUCUGUUGGUGUUGAGAGUUUGAGUUUCUAACUUUGUUUCUCUGUUAUGAUAAAGAUGGGGUUAAUUAAUGCACAGAUUGACUCCCACAGGCAGACCAAUGUAAAGUGUAUACAUCUACCUGCUUGGCGAUCUUUAUGUGGUACUGGGUAUGAGUCGCUUCAAUCCAUUGUGUCUUGAUGACUGGGACCUAUGAGCCAUCUUAAACAUAUGUUGCUUUGAACCUUAAUAAUUUUCCCAAAAGUCUUAUGUUGUUUGUCGAUUAACCAAAGCUUUUUACCCUCAAUCUCGUAGGCUAGAGAUAUUGAAAGUAUGUCUAUAAUUUAUCUGGACUGGGCCUCCCUGACUAAGCCACACUCAGAUGCCCUCUUCUUGAAAACAUAUGCAGAAAUGUGUGUGGAAUCGUACAGAUAUUUAUUUGAGUUUGCUUUCUCUCGCUCUUUGUACCCUUGUGGACAAAACAAUCAGAGGUUUAAGGAUGUACAGAUGUUCUGUCUGUCUACGAUUGUUUUUUCUUAAAAUAUUGUGUUGUGCUACA